AGUUGAACAGUUUAAACCCUCAGAGCUGCUCCUCUUAUUUCUGGUUUUCUCUCUCUGGAUGCAGGAGAUGAACAUCUCUUAAUGAGGCAGCAGUGAUGACGUCACUCGGAUUGACUCCUCCCCUUUCUCUGCUGUUUCUGCUCAUGGUUUCAGGAGGUGUUGUUUCUCAGCAGUGGGCUGUGUUUUACACACCAAGCUCCAUCUGUGCUGGAAAGGGAUCUACAGUGACUCUGGGCUGCAGAUACGCAUAUCCAACAUAUUCAACAUAUCCAACUCGGUAUAAAGUUGAGAAAACUUUCUGGACCAGAGAACAGGUUCAAAAUGGUAAAGAGCCUCCUGAUCUGUCUUCAGACCGAAAGUACAGAGACAGGGUUCAGUACCUUGGAGACAAACGGAGUGACUGCCGUCUCAGACUGAGUGAUGUGAGAAAACAGGACCAAGGCCCAUACUACUUCAGAUUUAUAACAGACAUAUAUGGUGGAAAGUUUCAAGGUGUACCUGGAGUUUUUCUUUCUGUCAGAGAGCUUCAGGUGGAGAUGAUUCCUGAUGAAGUGGUUGAGGGAAAGACAGUCACUCUCACAUGUAAAAACACCUGCAGCCCGACUGUCUCCUGGUACAAAAGUGGAAAUCUUUUAUCCUCCUCCUCUAACCGUCUCCGUCUGCGGUCAGUCAGUCAGAGGGAUUCAGGUGAUUACAGCUGUGCUGCACAGGGAGAAGAUUAUCGCUCCCCUGCUGUCACUCUUGAUGUCCAAUAUCCUCCAAAGAACGUCUCCGUGUCCAUCAGUCCCUCUGGUGAGAUGGUGGAGGGCAGUUCAGUGACUCUGACCUGCAGCAGUGAUGCGAACCCACCUGUGGAGACCUACAGCUGGUAUAAGGUGAAUGAAAGCUCACCUGUAGGAUCUGGACAGAGUUACAGCUUCACGUUGAGCUUCAGCAGCAGUGGAUGGUUUUACUGUGUGGCUCAGAAUAAAUACGGGAAUCAGAGAGCAGCUGCAGUGCCUCUCACUGUCAAUGGGGGCAGAAGUGUCGUUCUGUAUGUAGUUCUUGGAGUCACGGUUGGAUUUGGAUGUUUAUUUGUCAUCAUUGGUGUUUUAUUCAUGUGGAGAAAGAGGAGAGCUUCAGCUGAAGAUGCCAAGUCAAGUCAGGAAAAUACCUACAGCACCGUGAACUUGAGUGGUGCAACCAACAAUCCAAUACCUGAUCCAAAUCUGGUCAAUCAGGAUGAUGUUCAGUAUGCAAGUAUUCAGCACCACAGUGACCCCAGGAGGGCAGGAAAUUCAGUGCAAACUGCUGACUCUGGAACUGCUGAGGAGGUUCAGUAUGCUACUGUCCAACACCGGCAUAACCCAGUGGCGGAAAAGAGUGAAGAUGAUGAUGAUCAGUAUGCUAAUAUCAGGUUGAAAUCGCACUGAUGCUGCCUGCAGGUUAAAGAAACCAAAAUGAUCAGAAUGUGUUUUCUGUUCCUGCAUUUGAAGAUUUGUCCGUGAUUUCCAGCGGUUGAAGCAAACAAAAUUCCAAGGCUCUGUUUGGGACAAAUGAGAACUGAACAUUUAUCCAAUUAUAGGCAACGGAAACUAAAGCUAAAGAAAGAAAACAAGGAAUUGGUUGGCUCUAAAUCACCUCCAUUAUUUUAAGUGUUCUACAUUUUUUUGCAUGAUUAUUUUGUCGAGCAUUCCUCCUGAGAUGCAAAAGAAACAUCCCGGUUAAUUGUUUUAAGGACUCCAAACACUUCGCUUAACAGAACCAAACCACAUUUCUGUUUUGGAUGCAACUUCCAAGAUAACCUCGAAAAUCUGUUACCUUGGGACGUCAAUCAGGUUUUACAAAAGAUUACAACAAAUACUUGGGAAUAGACGUUCUUGUGUUACUGCAUCAUAGCUUUAAUGCAACUGCAAGCAUAUGACUGUACCACUUAAAGAUUAACAUAUCUUCUCUUAAAUGGGUAUAACUUACAGAAAACUUUCUUAAUCGAUAUAAAAUUCUAUUUUAUGUUAAAUUGUACAAGAUUUUUUCUUCUCUGAAAUGCUAAGCUUUCAAUAAUGGCAGGCAGUAAGUCGAGCAAUUGACAGCAUUUACUUUUAAGAAUUUGCGCUUCAGCUUAGUAGCAACUUAGUUCGCUUUUAAUAAUGCAGAUUAUUUGUAUAUUAACUCCCUCCCAGAUUGUAAUUAACCCAUUAAUCUGAUUUACUCACAAUUUUCAAUUACACACUCUGUGUCCAAAACUAUGUGGACACCUGACCAUCACACCCAUUUGCGGUUCUUUCUCAAACUGGUACCACAAAGUCUGAAGCACACGAUUGUAUAGAACGUCUUUGUAUGCUGUUGCAUUAAAGGUAGACUGCCUUUCAGAUUUUUCAAGCGUGGGUCAUAAAAAUAAUUUUCCGUGACACUCAAUUAUUUUUGUUUAGUGGACUGAAAGUUACUGAAUUCCAAAUCACAGACUUCCAAUUUUAUUAGUUUUUUUUUAAUAGAACAAUUAAUGAAUUUAAGGCCACAUGGCCCUAAAUUCUCUGCUAUUUUUUCCUGCUUCACCAUGACCCAAUUCAAGAUACAUCAUCACAUGGUGGGCUUUUCCCGUUCAUGCAAGGCAUUGUGGGAUACAAAUUUGAAACAGGAGAGAAAAACGGAGGACGUGAGUGUGCGAAUGAAACGUGAAAGACCAAGUACAGUAACGGAAAGAAAGCAACAGGGUUCGUACGGCCUGGAAAAACCUGGAAUUUCAAAAUAUGCCCUAAAGGCCUGGAAAAGUGCUUGAAAUUCAUAUUGAGUCCUUGAAAAUCCUGGAAAAUUGGCCUUAAACAAAUAAAAUGAUAAAAUGCCCUUAUUGUAGGUUAUAUCUAAAGUUUCUGUACACGCACGCAUACGUGGUUUCAUAGAAAACUCAUAGUGACGAUCAACCAUCGGUAUUCAAUGUUUAUAGUGACGCAAACACCAUCUGUUGGUAAAAUAAUAAGAUGCAAUGCUGUGAUUUGAUGCAUGCGUUAUAGGUCUGUACAAAAUGGCGCCACCCGCAAACAUCAUGCGUUAGCUCAUAAGCGAUCAGCUUUCGGUAGUUUUAGUGUAGUUUUUUUUUUUAAGUUAUAUAUAUAUAUAUAUAUUUUUAUUAAAUGUGAUGCCUGGAAAUUGUUCGUUUAGUGAUCGAUGGCUACAAAAGCCAGAAUACGGGAAGUGGCUGCGGCGAGUGCUGGGAGACAGACACAAAGCACAGUGCACAUUAUGCGUGAAGACGUUUGACAUAUCUAACAAGGGCGAGGCUGCUAUCACAAGCCACCAAAAGGGAAAGAAACACCAAGAACAGGUGUCCAUGAUAGCGAACUGCAUGCGAAUCGCGGAUAUAUGCCCGUCGGUAAACACAACCUCAUCAGCGUCGUCAUCGGUCGUCACUAACUUGACUAAGCCACCUGAUGCAGUGCCGCAGCCAAGUACGUCUGCCACGAAUACCGACAGUGACAACAGAACAUGCAAAGGUAGAUUAGACAGUUAUUUUUCGCGAAACGACACAUUAAAAUCAGAGAUAAUUUGGUGUCUGCAUAUCGUCACAACUCAUUCAUCAUGUAAGUCAUCUGAAGGCACAAAUAAGCUUUUUUGUGAUAUGUUUCCUGAUAGUGCCAUAGCAAAGUCAUUUGGGUGUGGUGAAUCAAAAUGUGCUCGUCUUGCUAAAUGGGGGAAAUCGCUCCUCAUUUCAAGUCUCUCUUGAUAAAAGCAGCGAAUAGUCAGGGAAAUUUUGUGCUUAUGUUUGAUGAGAGUUUGAACUUUGAAAACCAGAAGAAACAGCUUGAUGUCAUAAGCUAUAAAUACAGAAGAUUAAGUGCUCAUAAUUAUUGUAUAAUAAUACUGCUUGAUAUAUUUAUUUUCCAGUACACAGUGGGUUGUUGCACAUAUUUAUA